CUACGCGCCGGAGCUGGGUGUGAAGAUGGCGGACGAAGAGGCCGAGCAGGACCGCAGCACUGCGGACGGAAUGACUGAAACGAUCGGGGAGCUCCGACAGCGGCUGGGAAAAGUUGAAGAACUCCUGGCCGGAGGAAGCACCGAGUCCCCGGUGCAGUCUUCCUCUGAGUAUUGUCAAGAGUUUUGUCGGACGCUGCUGGAGUUUGCCGGGCGAUGGAGGAUAGAGGAGGAGCCCCUUCCUCUGCUGCAGGUGUACAUGGUGGGCCUGCUGAGUUAUGCCCAGGCGUCCCCCUUCCUAUGUCUGGACUGUGAAAAUGUUCCCCUGGUGGUGGAGAGGCUCUCGCUGAGCUUCCUGGAGCUUCUGCUCUCCCUCAAGAACUUUCCAGAUGACUUGUGGAGGCAAAUAACUUCAUGUGUUCAGUUCGCACACAAUCAGCUCCAUGAGAACGGGAUCUCCCAGCUGUCCCUGCUGUCCGCGGUGGGCCAGUAUGAAGGCAUUUGGACACACGGUGUUCUGCAAGGCCUUCUGUCCAACCAGGACCUGCAGAAAGAUCAAGUGGAGGAGUUUCUCCUUCAGGAGGGCUCGGUUCUGCUGCAGAUGAGGGUGAAGCAGCUGAUGAAGGACAAGGAGCUGGCAAAGGCGGGGCAGCUGGCAAAGACCUGCUCCGAGUCAUCGGCCUUUCAGGGGAACACGGCUUUUAAGCAGAUGUACCUGGUGUGUCUGUGCUCCACCGCAGAGCAGAGCCAGCUCAUGGAGGAGCUAUCAAAGGAGGACUGCAGCGACGCUUUAGAAAUGAUCUGCAACCUGGAGUCCGACGGCGACGACAGCGCAGCUUUCAGUUUAUGUUCCGCCUUUCUGACCCGGCAGCUCCUGCAGGGAGACACCUACUGUGCUUGGGAGCUCACGCUGUUUUGGAGCAAACUGCUGAAGCGCCUGGAGCCGUCGGAUCAGGCCUUCCUGGACCGGUGUCGGCAGAUGUCCCUCCUGUCCAAAACGGCGUACCACAUCCUGUUCUUCAUCAAGGUCAUCCAGUCUGAGAUCGGCAGCUCUGGACUCUCUGCGUCUAUCGAGUUGUGCAUCAGAGCUCUGAGGAUCAAAUCAGACGACGCCAAACUGAAAGCAACCGUGUGCAAAACCAUUUCCUGUUUGCUCUCUGAUGACCUGGAAGCCAAACGCGCCUGUCAGCUGACGGAGUUCCUCCUGGAGCCCACCGUGGACGCAUACUAUGCGGUGGAAACUCUUUACAAUGAACCAGAUCAGAAACUGGAGGAGGAGAGCAUGCCCGUCCCCAACUCUCUGCGCUGUGAGCUCCUGCUGGUCCUGAAAAUCCAAUGGCCCUUUGACCCGGAGUUCUGGGACUGGAAAACACUGAAACGGCAUUGCCUGGCUCUAAUGGGGGAGGAGGCUUCCAUUGUGUCUUCGAUUGAUUCUCUGAAUGACCCGGAAGAAACGGAAGAAGAAAAGGAGUUGAUGAGUUUCAUGGACCACAACAACAUCCCGGAGCACAUCAUGGGCGGGAUGUCCGAGCUGGAAAAUAUGGAAGGCAGGAAGCAGAAAAACCGAGAAAUAAAGAAGCUGAAGGACAAGGGUUACAUGUCGGCCCGCUUUCGGAACUGGCAGGUGUACAUGCAGUACUGCGUGCUCUGUGACAAAGAGUUCCUCGGCCACAGGAUUGUUCGUCACGCUCAGACUCACCUGAGCAACGGAACGUACAGCUGCCCCAUCUGCGCUCAACCCUUCUCCUCAAAAGACGCUCUGAUUCCGCACGUAACCACGCACGUCAAACAGUCGUGCAAGGAGAGGCUGACAGCCAUAAAAACCAACAAAAACCUGAACUCCCGCAAGGUCGGGUUAUCCUCCCUUUCAGCCCUGAAGGCCAAAACACAGAACAAUCUCCACAAGAGCAGCCAUUCCUCAGUCAGAAGUGUUGUAGUGAAGAACGUUGCGCCCAGUGCUGUUCGAAUGGAUGUUGACACCAAUGAGAGCAACAUGUGCCCCGUGGGGAACUGCAGGAGGAGCUUCAAGUUCUUCAAGAACCUCAUCUCGCACGUCAGACUCCACGGCGACGAUGAGGAAGCCAAGACCUUCCUGGAACUGCAGAGCAAGAAGGUGGUUUGCCAGUACUGCCGGCGCCACUUCCUCAGCGUCAACCACCUGAGCGAUCAUCUGCAGGCGCACUGCGGUGUCAACCCUUACAUCUGCAUUCAGCUGAACUGCAAGGCCAGCUUCGAGUCCUACUCUGAGCUCCUGGCUCACAGAAGAACACACACCGUUUUCAAGGCCAAGUGCAUGUUUCCAACAUGUGGCAAAGUCUUCACCGCUGCCUUCCGGCUGUACGACCACGAGGCGUUGCAUUACAAAACCUUCACAUGCAAAUUUGCCGGCUGUGGAAAGGUGUUUCAUUCCCAGCAGCAGCUGGACAUCCACAGACAUGCCACCCAAGUGGAAGAAGGUAAACCCGAGCAGAGUACAGAAGACGUUACCCGAGAGCCGGCGAUCGCCAAACACAAGAGCGCCAUCAAAGAAGAGCCUUCACAAAGGACCCUUAACACUAAAACUGCUGUCGAUUCCAAUCCGAGGAGCCUCUCAGCGUGUAAGGAGUCGUCACAGAAACCAUCCCAAGAGCCCGCAAAAGUCUGUAAGCUUGAAACUGAAACCACCGCUGUUCCAGUCAGUCAGCCGUCCGUUCUGAAGAGUUCUGUGAUCCAGUCUAUGGAUUCCCGCUCGGCAGAAGCAGACAGACACAGAACUGAUCUGAGCGCUCAUUCCUUCGCCUGUGGGGCUCACCAGAGAAAGCUCCCGGUGGUCUCUCUUGACAGCAACGCCGUGAGUCUCUUUCAAAAGCAGUCUCAGGCGUUACCCAGCAACGUCAACACUAAAGCCACUAGUUACCCCUCCAAAUCACCUUUACCCGUACAAAACCGACCGCCGCUUGGUCGGAAUCCAACCCCCAUGUUGCUGCCUCAGGCUGCCGCAAAGCCCGCCAUGUCCCAACCGCUCCCACCAUCAGCAACCCUUCAGCAGGAGUCUGCAAACGAGCCUUCAUCCUCCUCGGAGAGCUCAGCCCCUCCCAGCCUCAAAGAGAGGUUCCACUGUGCGUUUGGAGCGUGCACGCGACACUACUGCUCCUACAGGAGCGUCGUCAAGCACAUGAAGACCACUCACUCCGAUUUCUAUGAACAGUGGAAAGUUUCCAAGUCCAACAUUAGGGUAACUUACGUUCCAGCCUCCACCACGCCCUCUGCUGGGCAUUUGGGUCCGGCCCCCCUACUGCAGAAGCAACAGAGCGGCAAGAUUCCAGCUCAGGGUGUCCAGAGGGAGAAUGUUAUCCAAUCACUGCCUUUCAAGAGCACCAACUUCAUGAACUUGCUUGCCUCACUUUCCCACAACCAAAGCAGCUCAGCGCUCAUGGAAAAUGUUUUGAAUCCCAUCGUUCUGUCUCAGUUAAACAACAAAAACACAGCCGAAAAUCAGUCAGCUGGUCAGAACUGGACGCCUUCUGCAGGAAGUGAGCAUGUUCGCAGUUCCUCCCAGCCUUUCUCAUCAAAUAUUCAAGAGGAACCACGGGUCCCUUCUGCUGGAGCUGCUCCUCUGCCGUGCUCCCUGAUGGGGCAGCUCAUAAACAACCCCCAGUCCAUCAUCACUUCAUACAUAAAUCAUGUAAAGCAGGUCUCCCAACAAGCCAAAGCUCUUCCAGCAUUCGCAGCACAGGUGUCCAGCAGCUUGGACGCCACUGCCAGGUCACCAGACGCGAUGAAGAGCAGGGCAAACCGCAAUCACUUCAACAUUCCUCUCCGUAACGAAGCAACCAACUCUAGCAAAGUCAGCCUUCCUCAGAACGGUCGAGUCGUGUCUGAAAAUCGUCCAGAAAUGAAAAAUGAAAAGCAGGUCAGAAAGUCCAGGUGGCCCGCCAUAAUUAAGGAUGGCAAAUUUUUGUGCCGCCGAUGUUUCAGACCGUUUGAUAGUCCCAAAUCCCUCGGAGGCCAUUUGUCAAAGCGAGCAUUGUGUACACCUCAUCCCAACUCUGAGGCACACACAGAACCUUCAGAGCAAACUGUCAACCCCUCACAGCCGACUUACAGCGGAACCCCAGCGAACCAGAAACCUCGCGAGACAACUCGCGUGGCUAAAGACUUCUCUGCCCCUGAAAACAGGGUUUCCAGCGACGAUAUUCUGAAGCAAAUUAUGGCUGAGUCCAACUUGUCUGACCUUUUCGUGCCCACAUCCUCCCCUCAGCCGUUCAUCCAAAACCCGUGUGCUGCGUACGGUAGCGGUGAGCGCCCACAGGGUGGCUCGGUCAUCCAGCACACGGAAAAUGUUCAGCUGAAGCAGGAAACUGACCUGUACAGUAAAGUGUUUUAUCCCCAGCAGAGUGUUGGUCUGCUGCCCGAAACACGGACUCUAAACCCACAGCUUUCACAAGUCCUCCCCGAAAACCCCUCCACUGCAGGAACUGGCAGAAAUGUCAGCGCUGAUGAGAGGCGUCGCCCUGAGACCAGCAUUCAGACACUGAAAGCAGACGCAACUUCUGUCAUUCAAGCACUCACACCUGAUGGUGGGAUGGCUCAGGGGUCAAGCACUCAUCAGACUGAAAAACCAAACCUGCCUGCUGAGAACGACAUCAAAAAGAAGUUGCGUGACCAGAUUUUAGCUGGCGAGUUUCAGCGCAGAAACAGCGUGCCUCAUUUCAGCAGCACGGACCUGAAACCCCAGGCCUACAGUCCUUCCAGCAACUUUGUGUUCCACCGCACAUCCUUUGAGAUGAGCAAAGAUUUGAGUCAUCGAGGGCCGAUCCUGAAGGAAAGUGCCAGAACUUUCCCUGGAUCUGCUGUGGAGGUGGAGCAGCUCCUGAACAAACAAAGCUUCACCCACUUCAGGGAGAGUGGUGUGUCCAAGACGGAGCCAUGGAGCCCAGGUGGCUUCUCUCCUAUCGAUCCGGAUCCAGAACCUGGCGAGUUGUCAGCCAGUCAUGUGCAGUGUGUUAGCGAAAUCCAGCACAAGUUUGAGAGACUCGACUUGGUCAGAGACAUGUCGAAUCAGAUGGUGACUCACAGGUCUCAAAACUGUCCGUAUCCCAGCAGCCAGACCUCAUUCCCAAAAGCGAAAACCCAGAGCCCGGUCCUGCCGACUGCGGCCAAGCCGUUUGCAUGUGACGCUGGUAGCUGCAACUUUAGUUCCCUGUCCAGUGAGGCUCUGUGGAAACACCUCUCCAAAACGCACAACUACACAUGCGAGAUGGUCAACAUGGUCAAGAAGAGGUACGGGAAGUACGCCCCGUUCAAGUGUCAGAAAUGCAACAAGUCUUUCACUCGGAACUCAAACCUGCGGGCUCACUACCUGUCUUGUCACAAAUUGUCUGUCAAAGAGAUUUCCGACCUGGAUGAGAAGCGGAGACUGGCUAAAGCCACCGAAGCUUUGGCUUUUCAGAGCCAGAUCCGAGCUCAUCAGUCGACAGAAACGCCUCACCUGCCCGUUAAUGAUCCGAUUCCAGAACAGGCUGUAGUUCAGCACAAGACUCCCGCUGUUCCAAAUCCAGACCACACACUCCAGGGCCGCGGCCACUCCUUGGUUCUCCACCCAGCUGUUCCGAUGCAGAGUAAAGGCCCACCACCUGCACAGACCUCUGGAGCGCCGUUCCCAUCAGAAGCAAUGCCACAACUGCAAAGCACUUUGCUGAAGGGGCUGAGUCCGGAGGCGGCAAGCAAGCAAACGUACAACCCAGCAGCUCCUGUAAUCACAAACGUAGCUGCUGCCCCUCACGCCAAACCAGCCAAUGAGAGAGAACCUGUCAAUAAACCAACUGCAGACAAAACGAAGAAGUCCAAAGCCAGGAAACCCAAACAAGCAGACAUGAUUCCCUACAAACCAUAUUCCUGUGUCCACCACGGCUGUACAGCCGCCUUCACCAUCCAGCAAAACCUGAUCCUCCACUACAGAGCUGUGCACCAUUCUGCACUCUCGGCUCUGGAGAUCAACCAAGCCUUAGACAAGACUGACGACAUGGAUGAGGUGACAGACGUGGACGAGGAAGAGGCCGAGGCAGAGUUCCCUGAGAUUUCUGAGUUCAGGUGUCAGCUUAAAGACUGCUGUUGUGUUUUCCAAGAAGUCUCCACCCUAUUCCAGCAUUACCUUCGGCUCCACAAGCUCAGCCUGGGGAAAAUCUGCAGCCUUCUGUCCGCCAUCAAACUUGGCAGGUUCGUCUGCAGCCACCAAGGAUGUUCGGAGUCCUUCCUCACCUCCCAGAAGUUCAUAAGCCACAUGAAAGAGGCGCACAAAGACGUAAACCUCGGUAGAACCGAACACUUUAACGCAACUUUCAAGUGUACGUUUGAAGGCUGCGAUCGAGCUUAUGCUACAAAGUCAAACAUGCUCAGACACGCCAUGAAAAAGCACGGAAGGCUGCCCAGUCCCGAACCGAAACAGCCACAGGUGAAGGGCAAACCAAUCAAACCUAGCUCCAAAACCUUACGCUACCCAAUCAGCAAGGCAAGCAAUGGCAAGGAGAACAUAGAAAGCAACAAAAAAGUCCUUCUGAGAACUCGUGACGUUAAAAGAACCGUCCGAUCAAAGUCGAGCCAUUGGACAACUUACGGAAAACCAUCUUUAAAGACCAAAGUGGAGGCGGCCGCGAUGUGCACCAAGAAAUUUCCCCUCCAGUAUCCCUGCAUGAUCAAAGGCUGCGAGUUUGUCACCAAAGCUGAGCGCAGCAUUUUAAAGCAUUACUUGGUACACGGACUGUCAGAGAAAUACCUGGAGCUGCACAGGAGUCACUUCAUCUUUUGCAAGAAGUUUCCCAAGUUAAGGAAUCGCUUCAUCAGGAGCGAAGACUCCAAAUCAGACAAGAACUCUGACGGUUCAGACAAUGAGGUGGCUGCAGAACCCAUGCUGGAGGAGGGUCAACAGGACGACUCCAAGCCCAUCCUACGCAGGAGGACCCCUGUAGCCAUUACUGUCCCGUUAUUUGACAAGAUGCCGACCAAGAGGAGAUCAGAGAGGUCUCUCCUACUAAAACGCAAAAGAGGCCGCCCCCGGAAAUACAUGGAGAAAAUGGUCAAAUCCAAAAAGAUCCUGCGUACAGCUAAGACCGAGCCUGUUUCCAAGCAUGAAGAACCGCCGGUGGUCCAGGAAAUGAGCGAGCGGAGCGCUCCACUGGCCUCCUUUACGCCCAUGGGCUUUGAGAUGUCUUUCCUGAAGUUCCUGGAACAGUCCAACAAGUCCGAGCAGACGGAACAGUCCAAGAACCGAGCCAAAGACAUUUCUGUGCGCUUCAGCAACCCGCAGAAGCUGAAGUCGCUGGGCAAGGUUCGAAUCAGCCUGGAUGCGGCCUUCUCAGGCGUCACCAACCCCAUGUUGACGCAGCUGCAGAACAUGCGGCCCGCUGUUGUCCUAGAGAAAUGUAACUGAAGUCUGAACGUUUGAGCAGAAUCUCAGGACUGUGAUGAGUGAACUGCUGCAGAACACUGUCCCACUCAAAACCUUAACCACACACCGGCUUAUUUAAAAACCAAACCAUCUCUGGAGGUCCUGCAGUGGUUCCAGGACACAUUCGUCUUUCUUUUCUGUUUUUUUUUUACAUCGUAGACUGUAAAGCAUGUAUUAACUGAUCACUAAUGGAAGAAAAGCUCAUCCCUGUGGGACCUGAAGAUUGACUGAAGCUUAUUGUGUAGUUUGUGAAGGUCUUUGUGCAUUGUGUAUAUAUUUGGAAACAUUCCACUGCCACCAGCAGUCGGAUUCAGUUUUGUUUUGUUGAUUCCUCUAGCUCUUUUUUUUUUUUUAUUGAGGAGAAAAAAGAAUUCAGGAAUUUCUUUUACAGUUCUAAUGUGAAGCUGUUGCAUGUCAAUUUGAGUUCUUCAAUGAUUUUAGAGCUGAUCAAUGACUUGAUCUCCCAUUAAAAGUUCCUCAAUAUUUUGUAAAUUA